AAUUUCCUGGCGAGGAAAUGGUCCAGGAGAUCGUACAGGCUGCAGUGGCGCGGCGAGGCAUAAGUUGCCAGCAGUGGCAGCAGUCGCCGUCAGUUUCCGCGCGUUCUACCUUUCUCGAGCCUUCUUACAAUCACCGCCGUCGCAUAGUUUCCGCACCACCAUGUCGGACUCCCACUCCCCCUCUAACUCCCUCGCGCUCUCCCGCGCCACCGGCGCCAUAGUCGGCGCGUUCGUGGGCGACGCGGCAGGGGCAGUCCUAGAGUUCGCCCCGGGCGCCGUCACCCCAGCUUUAGCGCGCCGAGCCAUGGCGAUGCCGGGCGGCGGCGUCUUUAGAGUGGGCCCCGGCCAGAUCACGGACGACAGCGAGCUCGCGCUCUGCCUCGCGCGCGCCCUCAUCACGCGCGCGCCCGCUAACAUCACGAGUGGCCCUUUUCCUCCGGACGCACCUCCCCCCGCAGGCGCACCUCUCAGCGCGGGGGAUGGCCCAUCGCGGGGAAGCGAGCCCGCGGCGGAACCGGGAAGCGGCGGUGCUGCGCUGCUAGCAGCGGGAGCAGCGGGAGCAGCGCGCGAGGGGUACUGGGAGGGCAGGUUCCCCUUGGGGCGCGUGGCGCGGGCGUACCACUGGUGGGCGCACUCGCAGCCGUUCGACAUCGGCGGAACGUGCGCAACUGCGUUCAGAUUCCCCCUCACCUUCCAAGUCGACACGGAAAUUGUUCUCUCGACCAUCUUCCCACCGGCGAACAGAACGCCAGAGCAACAAGCGGAGGAUGAGGAGAGGAUGCGGCAGAAGCGACGGCAGAUGCAGGAGGAGGACGAGAAGUUACUAGUGAAGCAAAUGCAGACGAACGCUGCAACUUGCUCUGACAGCCAAGCCAACGGCGCGCUUAUGAGGGCCACCCCGCUUGCCGUGUGGGCGCACCGCCUGCCGCCGGAAGCCGUCGCGCGCUGGGCUGCUCUGGACGCGUCCCUGUCGCACUGCAACCCGGUGUGCCGCGCCGCCAAUGCUGCGUAUUGUGUUGCCAUCGCGCACCUCAUCAACCACCCUGGGGAUGCGGAGGGCGCGUUUGAGGGUGCUGUGCGCUGGGCAGCAGGGGAAGCAGGAGAGGGCGGAGAGGCAGGGGAGCAGGAGGACAGAGGAGGAGGGCAGGGGGGCAUGAGGCAUACACAAGGCAAUGUCGCAAGCAAGCACAGCGGCAGCAGGCCAUGUGGGUUGCAGGUGGAGUGCAGGCGGUCAAUCGGGUGGGUGAAGUGGGGCUUCAUGCUCGCCUUCUACCACCUGCUGCGGGGGUCUGGGUACGAGGAGGCGAUCGAGGACACGCUGGUGCGAGGUGGGGACACCGACACGAAUGCAGCGAUCGUGGGCGGCAUGGUGGGCGCAAUGCGUGGGGUGGAGGGGAUGGGCGGGAUGGAUGGGUUGAAAGAGGUUGAAGGGGGUCCAGGGUUGGAAGGCGAGAAAGGGGUGCCGAGAGGAAUGGUGGAGGGGAUGGUGAGGAGGGAUUACAGCAAGGGGAGGGAGAGACCCGAGCAGCUGAGGCCGAGGGACCUGCUGGCGCUCUGUGAGGCACUGUUCCACUUAGCCCCCGGGGAAAGUGCGGCUAGAAGUGCAUGCAUAGGUUGAGCCACAAGAAGUUGAACGGAUAGAAAUUGUGAGCUGUGCAUAUCUGUAUGGCCUGUCUGCACGAAAAUGUCUCUUUGUGAGAAGGAUGAUACCACACAUGUAAGGUUGCCAUGCUGCUAAGCAC